UUCUUGGAUCUGUUCUUGUUUCUGGGUUUUUUGGACAUUCAAUUGACAAAAUUGUGUCCGCUAUUUCAUUUUCUCUUAUUUUUUAUUAUUAUUUUUUUUGGUUUCUUGAAGACAAGAUGUGAUCUUUCUGGACUGGAAUGUUAAGCAGAUGAGGUGGGAGGAAUUGAAAGUUCUUAAUCUGAGAAUCUGCAUUAAAUGUAAGCUUAGUUACUAGCACUAGCAUUUACCAUGUUCCGGCGCAAGAGUAAUUCACAUGGUGUUCAGGAGAAUGAUGAGCUGCAGCAUGAACACAAGGUCAAUGAGCUUAAAGAUGCUCUGGGACCACUUUCAGGUCGCAGCUUGCAGUAUUGCAGUGAGGCGUGCUUGAAGAGAUAUUUGGAAGCCCGGAACUGGAAUGUGGAUAAGUCAAAGAAGAUGUUGGAGGAGACAUUGAGAUGGAGAUCCACCUAUAAACCUGAAGAAAUCCUCUGGCCUGAAGUUGCAAUUGAAGGUGAGACGGGGAAGGUGUACAGAGCAAAUGUUCACGAUCGUCAUGGAAGGACUGUUCUGAUACUAAGACCGGGAAUGCAGAAUACAGCAUCAUUAGAUAACCAGAUUAGACAUCUGGUUUAUCUAAUAGAAAAUGCCGUACUCAAUCUUCCAGAAGGUCAAGAACAGAUGGCAUGGUUGAUAGACUUCACGGGAUGGACUUUAAGCACCAAUGUUCCCAUCAAAUCUGCUCGAGAUAGUAUCAAUAUACUACAAAACUAUUACCCUGAAAGACUAGCCAUAGCGUUUUUGUACAGCCCCCCGCGUAUAUUUGAAGCAUUUUGGAAGAUUGUCAAAUACUUUCUGGAUGCAAAAACAUUUCAGAAGGUGAAAUUUGUCUACCCAAAGAACAAAGACAGUGUGGAACUCAUGAGAUCCUAUUUUGAUUUAGACAAUCUCCCAGCUGAGUUUGGGGGUAAAGCUAGACUGCAGUACGACCACGAGGAGUUCUCAAGGCAAAUGGUGCAGGACGAUAUAAAAGCUGCUAAGCUAUGGGGUUUCGACAAGCCCCAAUCCAAUGGCUGUGGAGGAGCUGAAGUGUCUCCCGAAUGCGAGUACCUUGCUCCACCAGUCAGUUAAAUUUUCUCUACAAGUUUGAAAUAAUACGACUGAACUAAUCGUGCUAUAUUAAUCUUAAUUAUAGAGCAGAAUAUCUUGUGGAAAUAAUAGACAAAUUAACAAAGUUGUAUCCUGAAGACUUGGAAUCAUGUUUUUGCGGAAGAAACUGCAGUUUAUCCUUUCUAA